AUGUUUGUGCUCAUCUGGGCAAAUCUGUUUUUCUCUGUAAAAGGCAGCAUUGUUGACACAGGUGCUUCAGCCUGGGGACAACAACACUGUGUUGGAAGAUACUGUGUGACUCUCAGUGAGCGAGAACUAACAGCAGAGGCUGGACUCUGUGUGGUGAUCCCGUGUUCUUUCACUACUGCUGAUGAGUUUACACCCAAACAUACAGUUUGGUACAAAUGUGAAGCAUCUCAACACAGUUGCAGUGAUGAUGAAAUAAUAUUUCACAGCAACAAAAACACAGACAAAAAAGUUCAGUCUGGGUUUGAAGGACGAGUCUCAUGUUUGGAGCCUGAUGUGAGUCAGAACAACUGCAGCAUCAUCAUUAAUGAUCUGAAAGAGUCUGAUUCUGGAUCAUAUCAGCUCAGAGUUACUGGUGAACUGAAUGGGAAAGAAGAUGGAUUCACAUUCAUUCCAAGAGUAACUGUCUCUGUUAAAGGUCUUAAUCAGAAGCCCACAGUAAUGAGUCCCACACUGACUGAGGGACAGCAGGCCACACUGACCUGUGUUGCUCCUGGUCUCUGCUCUGGAUCUGUUCCUGAAAUCACCUGGACAUGGAGAGGAGCAGGAGGGACUGAAUCUUACAUUAAAGGAAACAGGACUGAUUUCAACACUGACAAUCCGACGUCUUUCACACAGAGACACAUCUCAACUUUGACCUUUAAUCCUUCAGCUGAACACCACAACACCAGUGUCACUUGCAAGAUCAACUUCACAGGUAGAAAAUCUACAGAGGAGACUUUGACUGUACAUGUAAACCAUAUGAAAGAAAUUACAAUCAGUGGUAUUACAACUGUUAGGGAGGGAGAUGUUCUGAAUCUGACCUGCAGUCUUGAAAGUUUCCCUCCAUCCAUGAUUGUGUGGUCUAAACUUGGUUCUGACACAAACCUGCACAGUUAUUCUGGAUCAGCCAGGCUUGUCAUUGAGAAUAUGAAACCAGAACAUUCUGGACAGUACAUCUGUGCAGUUACAUAUAUGAACAAUACCCUGAAGAAGGAUGUCAAUAUCACAGUGAUAUAUAACAGGGCUGCUCAGAUCAUUGGGAAUACAACUGUUAGGGAGGGAGAUGUUCUGAAUCUGACCUGCAGUGUUGAAAGCUUUCCUCCAUCCGUGAUUAUGUGGUCUAAACUUGGUUCUGACACAAACCUGCAUAAUGACACUGGAUCAGCUACAAUUUUCAUUCAAAAUAUAUAUGAUGGUGAAGCAUUACAAAACAACCAGACCCUGAACUCAAACAGUGGGACAAAAGAAGUGGAAUAUGCCACCAUUGAUUUUUCCCUGUUAAAAACAAAGCCAGCAAGGACGCAAGAAAGCACAAAGACGGAGUACGCUGAAAUCAAGAGGAUAAUAAAAAAAGAACAAGAAAAUGAUGGUGGAGACGACGGUAAAAUGUUGGAGGGGGAGAUGAAACACUGUGAACCAGAAAAGAAGGACGAGGAAGAUGAGGCAGUGUACUCCACUGUGAAUGACAUAAUAGAUGAUAAUUGA